AUAUUCUCUCAAACAAUAACCAAAGCUAGAGCUUAUUGCAAUACUAACGGACCUGGGUGUGAAAUAUUGCAAAGUCCAAUAAUUACACAGUUAUAUCUGACUGGAAUGAAACGAACAACUUUUAUGGCACGCUUACGAGAUGGUCCAUAUACAUAUCGUAACAAUUUAGAUAGUUUAUGCUAUACUUGUAAUCAAUAUGGCUAUGGUGUUUUUGAAAAGUUAGAGAAGUUAAUUAAAAACAAGAUAGAAAAUCAAAAUAGUCAG